AUGGCAGCCACAAGGGCACAGAAGGAAUCGGGCUGGCGGCUUCAGAAGCCGUGUGAUGUGGUGGUGGAAGUCCGAAAAGGAAGACGAAUUCUCGAUGAAAUCAACAAUUUUUUGACUUUUCUGCCAAGCCCGCCGCCGAAAAACAUCGUUUCCGCUCGAGAAGCACGGCAGCAACGGGAGUUGGAUGCGUUUAUUCCUUUUUAUCAUAUCUUCUUUGCUUCGAUUUUGCACCUUUCAUCGUACAUCCACAUUAAGUUUUAUACCCGAAAAGCCGUGCUUUGGCCAUUGAAUAUGAAUAGCUGCCUGGUCAAGAGGCUUCCUGCUGCCUUCAAGCAGUCCAUUUUUAAUCUACAAUCCUCCGCAUCUCCGUCGAUAUUCAGGCCUUUCUCUUCUUCGACCCGGGCAUACAAUACCGAUAGGCCCCCUCAACAGCCCUCGGAAUUGGGAAAACUGUCCGAAGACACAAAGGCAAACACUCUAAAAACCUCGAUGGCAGCCAUUCAAAAUAUCACGCAUGCCCUGGCAAAUCCAUAUGGCACCACCCCCCCUCAUCACCUCCACGUCUACGCCCACAAACACAACACACACUUGACCUUAACACGUCCCAACCGAAGCCCUUUGAUGUCUAUCAGCUGUGGGUCAAUUGGGUUCAAAAAGUCUCACCGCAGUGGAUAUGACGCUGCACAUCAAUUGAGUUCAUAUAUGAUGGCAAAGAUUCAAGAGCGCGGGUUUUUGAUGGAUAUUAAACACCUGGAAAUUGUUUUGAGAGGGUUUGGUCCAGGCCGUGAAGCUUUCACUAAGCUAGUACUGGGGAAUGAGGGCCAAAAGCUCCGUGAGAAAAUCAUUCGAGUGACGGACGCAACGCGCUUGAAGUUUGGUGGAACCAGGAGUCCAAAGGUAUUACUGGUGCCUGUCACCGAAUCUCUUGUCAAUGCCCGCGACCGCGAUUCCGAUACCCCCUACGUUGACCUCAUCCACGCCGAAGAGUUCCUGGGAAGCCAUGUUCUCCGGGUCUCGACCUCAGUAUCGGCGAAAGAUGCAUUGGCUGGAGCGCGAGAUUUUAGGGGUAAGGCUAGGCAGAUGACCACCGCAAACGGCCGCACUGUGGUCAUUAGAGAAUCGAUGGUGUUUAGUAACAAAGGUGUGGCGACCAGCAAGACUGAGUAUGCUUCAUUUCUAACUGGGACUUUAGGAUUUAAGAACCUAAACCAAGCACAGCUCCUUUCCGAUAUCCUCUACUAUGCGACGGGAACAGAGUCACAACCAUGGCUAAUCUACUACAUAUCUAAGCCUCUUCUUGGGACCUAUGAUCCGGGUGGGAUUGCCCAAGCCAUUGUGCCUGGGACACUGAUACAUGCCCCAGAAGACUUAAAUGCCAUAGGACGGAGCAACAGCAUGCCGAAUUUUGUGCGGAAAGAGCUCCAAUCUUUCAGCGAACUACUUGCGAACUUUCCAAUGAUUGCAAAGCAAAUGCAAUCUGGAUUAGAACGACUUUUGCGCGAAUUUGGCAAAGAGCUUGGAAAACCGUUGCCACCUCCACCAUCACUUUUGUCGCCUAGUAUCGAAAACGAGUCUUGCGGACCUGAUGAAACAGCCUCAAUUCGAAGCAUUGCGUCGUCGACCCAAAGGACACUGCCAUUCAACUCCGCUGAAUACUUUGAGAGUGAUGAAGACCUAAUUAGACGCGCGCUAGAGACUGCAGUGACAUCAGCGAUUGACCUUUUUCGGCUCGUAGAUAGACAGCAAUUGUCUCUCCUUGGAGCUACUACUAAUCUUACUGGGCCAAUGGUAGAGCGACUGAUUGAAAGCUAUAUUACCGAGCAAGUUCAUGAUUCUCUUCUGUUUCCUCGAGUUCGCGGUUUUCGAAAGUUAGAAGACGCGGAUCUAGAUGCGCGAAUCCGUCAAAUGGAGCACAUCGAUGUAUCACAAGUUGGCAUCGCAAUUGACGGUGGCCGACAAGGAAAAGAAGAGCUUAUCCAUCGUCUUGGGAGAGGCGUUGAAGAAUUUCGAAGAAUAGCUCAUGCCAAAUGCCCCCAAGACAUGUUGAAGAUAUUACUCGCAACAAUUAAGGUCAUAACCAUCGAAUAUAGACCCGAUACAAACAGUGAAAGCAUAUCUGAGAAACAGCAGCCCUCCGUUUUAACGAUCAACGCUGAUGUUUUAGUUUCAUUGCUACUUGUUGUCAUCGUAAGGUCGCAAGUUCGCCACCUCCAGGCCCUGCUAUCGUAUAUGCAGCAUUUUAUUUAUACCGAUGAUGUCGAGAGCGGUGAAUCUGGAUACGCUCUGAGCACGUUCGAGGCGGUCCUCACAUAUCUUCGUAACGAUUCUGGGGGGCUGAGGAAAGCCAGCGCAAAAAAUCGGCGACUUUGGUCAGCUACUAAAGCAGGCAAUGUCCCUGAAAUGAAAGCAAUUUUGGAGCCAGGGAGCCAAGAUUCCACAUCUAUCUCUGAGAAUAAUCAUGAUAUUGGGGGACAAGAAGACUUAGCUGCGUCGAAUGGUUUAGUGGAAAAGGCCGCUCAAGAUUCUCUGGACCCGUGUGCCAGUACCAACGGCAUUAUUUUGCCAAUUGUCACUCAGGAGCCUAUAGAUAUAUCGGAAAUUCCGGAAACACCGCGUCUAGCACACGUUUUCCCCUUUCAAACGUGGCAACAAAAUUCGCCUCCGAAGAAAAAACCUCGCAAGCGAGUCUCCAUGGACGUUGGCAGCCUGUCCGAAUCUUCGAAUUUCUCUUUCAUUUCUCGCUCUACCACCUUUGGCUCUGUAGCAAGUUGUGUUGAAGGUGAUAUAUCGGCAGAGAUCUUGACAAAGACCCAGGAUCCAACAGGCGAUUCGAUACCUAUGAUGGCAGUUGAAGCUUCCCAACCAGAAUCCCUAAAAUAUCUCCUAAAUCUUGAAGAAUACUACCCAAUGGAAAGCAUUCUUGAAGAUAUCAAUAGCGAUGGGACCACAUUGCUGAGUGCCGCUGUUCAGUUAGCCCAUACCGAAAUUGUUGAUAUCAUGUUAGAUUACAUUUCGCGAAUACAGGAACAUGAUAUUCUAGUUUCUUAUCUCGCAAAGGCAGACAGCAGAGGGAGAACGGUCGGGCAUUAUCUUUUCAGUGUCCCCUCUCUAAUACGCCAAAUUGGAACCGCACUUCCCUGGAGGCAACAAGAUAAACAUGGUCAAACUCCACUUUUUGCACUUUGCAGAUCUUAUGAUCAUCCGGAUUACAAGCUUAUGGUUAAUGAGGCUUUGAGCAUAGCUCAAGAAGCUCAGAGAGACAACCUCCCAUUACGACUAGAUGACCAUGUAGAUAUGAAGGGAAACACACUUCUGCAUAUCGUCAGCGACGCCCAAAUACUGCAUAGAAUUCUUCAUGAAACAGAUUGCGACCCUAACGCGAUAAAUGACAAACGCUUCACUCCUCUGAUGGUGUCAAGCAAAUAUGGCCGUAUUGAUCUCGUUCGGAUCCUGUUCGCAGAUGCCCGCGUCGACCCCCAUCUGCGGGAGGCGCGAGGGCUGACGGCAGUGGAGCUGGCUAAAGACGACGAAGUUCGCAAUAGAAUUGACGAUCUUAUAUUAUUCUCCAAUCCACAACCAUCCCACCUCGAUCCAUCGGGUCGUAUUACAACCGUCGUCCGGUCCGUUUUUGCCGAGGAUGCGAGCAUUCGCUUCAUUAUCAAAUCUGGUGCCCCUAACCCUACAUCUCCUUCAGGGGAUGAGCAGCCGAAAAAGAUGCUAACAUAUACCGUUACUACAUGCCGGCGCAGUCUCACUGACUUCGAAAAUCUCGUUAAUUCUCUGAAAACAGAACAUCCUGCUUCAUAUAUACCCGACGUUCCCCUGUUUCGUUCGCCUUUGCAGAUCUAUUCGAAACCAUCACGAGCUGUGCUUCAUGAGAUCCAAGAGCGUUUAGACAUGCUACUUAAAGUUCUACUGGCACAUCCCACUUUCUCGACUCAUGAAUUACUAUGGGAAUUCUUCCUCAUGCCUGAGGUGCAGACUGAUAUGAUCCAUGAACGCUCGCAACGGAAAGUCGCUGCACUUAAAGAGCGAAUAGCAGACGACUACCAACCAGUAACAGCAGAUGAUAUUCGGGACAUUGAGCAAAUUGUUGGUCACGCCCAGGAAGCUGUACGCGCAGUCAACGCCGGCACGCGGAGCAUCAUCCGACGCGGACACAAAUUGCACAACACCUCCACCGAUCUCGCUGAUGCGAUCUCCAUGUGUGCAUAUGCCAUGUCGUCUCUCCAGCCUCCGACCAACAUCCUUCCUCAAUUGCAUAUCGACGCCAUGAACCGCUUCGCCGCCAGCUACGCCUCCUCCUCCCACGACUCCACCCCUCUCACUCAAUUUCUAGCUUCCCUGACCUCAUCUCACACAACCACGGCAGCCAUGCUCGAUUCCCUUUCCCGCCCCGGCACACUUAUUUCCUCCCUCAACAGCUCCACCCGCUCCCUUGCCCGCUCCCACUCCUCCCUAGCAUCGAACUCGCUCCCGCGCAAAUUCAACUUCCCAGGCCUAGAAGAAUCUCGUCAACGAUCAAUGCGCGAGCAGGAGCAAAAAAUCAAGGAGCUGAAUUUGGAAGUCGAGCAAAUGGGGAGGGAGAUUGCGUGGAACAAGGACGUGGUGGUCGGCGAGUUGGCAGGGUGGACGGAUUGGCGAGGAAAAGUGGGCAAGGCAGCUAUCCGGGAAUUUGUGAAGACGACGUUGGUGAGGGAGAAGGAAAGGGCGAAAAGAAUGGAGAGGUGCUUGAGAGGUUUGAGGGGGCAGUGA